CGUGACUCAUACUUCCGGCUUAAAAUAUUUGGGUCAAAAAAUCAUAUCGAUUUUCAUUAAUUUUUCAGUUAUACUCUAAGUGACAAAAAACAUCCUCCUAGCCGGAGAUUAUAAUUGAACUUAUGAUGCCUUAGGGUAUACGAUUAAUGCCUAGAUCGUGAUCUAGCCUUCAAAGAACAUUUAAGAUGGAAGUGGAAGAUAAGAAUCAUGAGCAUUCAGGUUCAUCAAUAAUGGGAUUAGAAGAUGACAAUCAUGGGCAUCCAGAUUCAUCUAUUAUGGAUAUUGGUGAGGGGAAUCACAAAGCCAGUGUAUCAAUACCAGAAAAUUCCUGUGUUGACGAAACUGCUACUGUAUCACAAAAUAGUCCCACAGGUCUUUCUCACAUUGAACUGGUUAAUGCUGAUUCAAAUUGUGACAACCCAAGGGAAUCGGAACUGAGAACUGAUGAAGAAUGUGAUGUUUCUGCAAAUGAUACUGUUGGUGAUAAUGGUGCUAUAACGGAUAAUGGUGCUACUGGGAAUAACAGUGUCACAGAGCAAAACAAUACUGUUUUGAAUAACAGUGCUAUUCAGGAUAACAGUGUCAUCGAUUAUACUGUCAUCAUUGACAAUACAUAUGAUGAUGACAGUGAAAUUGAAGAUAGGAAUGCCACUACAGGCACCUGUGAGGAUUUGAAUGAUAACCCAAAAGAUAUCCACAAUUCGUCUGACCAAAAUGUUAACCAACUACGAAGCAUAAUAGCUGACUCAGAAGGUGUCUCAGUGGCUGAAGAUGAUACCCCCAUGGCAAUACAGAUCCAGUGUGUAGAAGGAAAUGUCCAAUUUGAAUCUAAAGAUGCUCCAGAAAACACCACCAGCAUCGAUUACAUUGCAAACACUUCUAACAAUCAACAUGACAAGAAAGAUAUAAACAAUUUAGAACUUGAUUUAUGCCACAAAAAUGAACUCCAAAAUAAAACCCCAGAAGAUACAGUAAAACAUAACCCAGGAGGUACCAUGUCAGAGAUGAAACACAAGGUCACAGAAUCAACCAAUGAACAGCUUGGAUUUAUUCAUACCUCAACACUUGACCCAAAUUUAAAAAGAAAUGCUGGAGUCAUUGCUAUGCAUAAAUUGAAUCGCAGCAAGUCUAAACCAUUCAAGUACUCCCAAUUGCCAAGUAUGAAAUGUGUUCACUGUGGAUAUCUCGGCAAGACACCUGCUGAUGUCAUGAACCACAGCAAGAAACGACACGCCAAGUUUAAAUGUGGAUCCUGCAAGAAGCCCUUUUUAUAUGAAAAUGCCAAACUGAAUCACGAGAAACUGUGCAAAUCAGAAACAUACGCUGACAACUACAUCCCAGAAACAAUUACAAUCUCUUCUGAUACAGUCAAGACAUCAGCUACAGUCAAGACAUCUGCUACAGUCAAAACAUCUAAUACAGUCAAGACAUUUGCUACAGUCAAAACAUCUGAUACGGUCAAUACAUAUGCUACAGUCAAGACAUCUGCUACAGUCAAAACAUCUGAUACAGUCAAGACAUC